AUGAGCUCCUUGUAUCCCGAUGAAAGUUACUGCACCAGUGAUCUUGGAAGAAUUUUGUAUCAAUUAAAGACUGAUUGGUCAUGCGUCUCCUCGGUCACCUCGAUCACCGAAGAAAAACAUCUUGCCGGCUCUCACACAGUCUACACAGUGGAAAUCGAGUGUACACCGGUGGCACCCCAACUCGCCCAUGAUUUUUCUCAUCGAAUUUUCAUUCUGAGCACGAGAUUCAAAGAAAUGGCAAAACUCCAUGCGGCCAUCUCUAAACUGCACAAACAACUAUAUCUUCGAGGGACGUUUCCCGUGUUUCCACCUGCAAAACUUAUUGGAUCUGCCGACCCUGCAGUGAUUCAAGAACGUCGUCACGGCAUCGAGGCGUGUCUAAAUUUCGUGUUCGACAGUGAAGUUCUUCGCAAAUCCCGUCUUUUGCAUGAAUUUGUUGAGAAAGCAAAGGAGAAGACGUACAUUGCCUACGAAAUCACUGGCAACGAAGUGUUCUAUGACAAUUCUUCGUCUAUUCUAGACCAGCCCAAUAGCCAUUCCAGGUAUAUAUUUACAGUUCUUUCCCCAACUCAUUCUUUAUUUUCAGCGACUCCGAUUCUCCAAAUCACGUCUCACCUCUGGAGCCAACACACGAGCAAGUCAAUUGGCGACGACUUCGAGUUUCCAGACGUAGCAAUCGCCGCUGAAGUGGCUGGUGAACAACGAGUGCCAAGGAAAAGUUCAAUGCGGAGGUUGUUUCCUCGAUUAAGAGGAGGUCAUAAUCAGCAUAUCGAAAUCGAAGAACCAGCCGCAGACUACUUGGUGACCGCUGGGAAACUAGUGGCAACCGCUCAAAGAGCCGAGGAAGAGCACGCAUAUGAGUUGGCUUUCCAAUGUUAUAAGAGUGCAGCAAGCAGUCUUAUCCAGUGCCUAGGUUCUUGUGGUGUUCAAAUCGAGAGUGAUAUGACCAAGAGAAACGCAGUUCGUCGAAAGACCGCAAAGUAUCUUGUCAAAGCAGAGAAACUCUAUAGAACCUAUUUGUCACUCGACGGAUCUGUAUUCAAUUUCGAAGGACUCCUAACCGCUGCAAUGCAGGAUCCGAACAUUCUGGCGUUUCAGUGCUCGAACAAGUCCAUGAAAAAUUAUCGAUUUAUCGGAGUGCUCCCCGAACUGGACGCUGAACGGAAGGUGAUUCUUGUUGAGGAGACAGUCGGUGAAUCCAAAAAGAAGUACGUGAUGAAGCUAAUUGAGAAAGGUGUUCCAAGUGUCGAUAGCUCGAUUUUUCUACCAACGAACAUACCACAUAUGGUGCAACUGGUCCAGUUCUUUGAAACAGAAACUCAUAUUAUACUAUUGUUGGAAUAUGUGCAACCUGGAAUGCUCUGGUCGUUUCUACGGAGGAUGUUCAAUGAAGCUGAAAGUAGACAUGUCCUAUGGCUUGCUGAGCUGAAAGCAGACAGGAGAAGACUUUUAUUCACAGUUGGAGUUGAUUUUGAACGAGUUGUCGAGAUGAGAGAUGAAAGUUUCAAAGAAGAUCAAGUUGUCUGCACAGUUGGUGAAGAUCCGACUGGUCGAUCUGACGCUCCAACAGGAGAUUUUACACUACUUGGAAGUUCCAAAGAAGCUGUGGAAAGUCAGAUUUUUCAAGUGGAAGAAGAGAGUCCGGCCGCUGUGAAGUUUGAUUUUUCCACAUCCAAAUCUCAUUCGCCACGUGGAAAUAGAAUAUCAUCAGACGAUCCGGAUCAUAGUGUAUGCUCAACAUCCAAGAUGUCUUCUGAAUCCAAUCCAAUGUCCGAUGCAAACAGCAAAGAGAUAUUCCUAAAAGCUUUAUCAAAAGCACUGAUGACAGUUCAAAAACAGUUAAGUAGUCGAAAACAAGUCUGGAAUUUUCUGGAUCUUCCCGAAUCUCUUGUCGUUCAUUGGAGUGCUCAAAUAGUGUCAUUUUUCUUUGUUCUUCAUGCUGAAUAUCAGGAAUUUGUUGGAGAUCUCAAUGCAGACGAUAUUCUAAUUGACACUGACGGAAAUCUUCUGAUAACUUAUAUUGGAAGAUGGUACGAAGCGAAUCGACGGAAAAGAAUAUCUGAUGGUUAUUCUGCUCCGGAAAGCACACAGUAUGGAUGGAUUCCAACAUCAGAAUCUGAUGCGUGGACACUUGGAGCCCUGAUGUUCGAGAUGAUUUGCGGGAGAUCGCUAGCGAAUGCAGCUCCUCAUGGAGUGUUGAGAAACAUGGAGUUACCGAUUCCAGAGAAAUGCAAGAUAUCGUUUGUUGCAAAGGAUUUGCUAAGCAUGUAUGCUCCGUUAGGCCUAUUCCAUAUAUUAAAAAUACACUUUUUCAGACUACUAGUGCCUACAGCAUCUCUACGACCGUCAUUCGAUGAAGUAAGAGCACAUCCAUUUUUCCGACAUAUAGACUGGUUACUGUAUGAUAAUCCAACGACUUCAUCAACUACUGCUCCUGUCAGCCAGAAGCCAAUUGCUCGCAUUGAGAAAGUCAUUGAUCCAAUUCCUGAAGUCCCCAAAGAUGAGCCUUCCACAUCACGUGUGUCACCUACUAGUCGACGCAUUUUGUUUUAA